CCUCGAACGGAAGAACCGGACACGAUCAGCCGGAGGUAAACGCAGGCACCACGAGAGCCAGUCCGCUAAACUCGCGCGGGUGGGCUAAAAGAUGCUCUCCGACACGAAGCCGCCAGUCGACGUGGGUUGCUUGAUGGAUCAAGGCCGGACGACACCGUGAAUAAUUUGCUAAGCUGGGGACAAAUGUAACAUUCUCUUGUUGUCGGCUCUCCUGUACAACCGGGGCCUUCUCUCCGUUCCCAGAGCCCCCUCGAUUAUUCUUUCGCGUUCUUGAAUCUGGGAGUUGUAAAUUCCUCUAUUCUUUCGAUCAGAUGUCGGUGAUGGAGCAAUCGAUCUUGGCGGGUGGGAGGCUCUCGAAUUGGUGGGAUGAGAUCAACGAGUCGCGGCAGUGGCAGGAUGGGGUCUUCUACUUCCUCUGUGCCGCCUAUGCCCUUGUCUCCUCCGUCGCCCUGGUUCAACUGAUCAGGAUCCAGCUACGAGUGCCUGAAUUUGGUUGGACGACACAGAAGGUUUUCCAUUUUAUGAACUUUAUUGUAAAUGGAGUACGUGCUAUUGAGUUUGGAUUUCAUGCUCAAGUAUUUCUUUUUCGGCACAAGGUAUUUACUUUAGCUCUAUUAGAUCUUCCUGGUUUGUUGUUCUUCUCUACAUACACAUUGCUUGUCCUGUUCUGGGCAGAGAUAUACUAUCAGGCAAGAAGUCUUGCAACAGACAAACUAAGGAUCGUAUACAUCUGUGUUAAUGUUGUAAUUUAUGUUAUUCAGUUUUGUAUCUGGAUAUACCUUUGGAUAAAUGACAGCAACAUAAUCGAGUUAAUUGGAAAGAUCUUUAUAGCAGCGGUAUCCUUUGUAGCUGCAUUGGGCUUCUUGCUUUAUGGGGGCAGGCUGUUUCUCAUGCUAAGGCGGUUCCCAAUUGAAUCAAAAGGGAGGAGAAAGAAACUUCAUGAGGUUGGAUCUGUCACAGCUAUAUGCUUCACCUGCUUUCUUGUACGAUGCUUUGUGGUUGGGUUAUCUGCAUUUGAUGCAAAUGCAUCUCUUGAGGUUUUGGAUCAUCCCAUUUUGGAUCUCAUAUUUUACUUGAUGACCGAGAUACUCCCCUCAGCACUCGUUCUUUACAUACUCCGAAAGCUUCCCCCAAAGCGAGUAUCAGCACAAUACCACCCUAUCCGGUAGCAGGGAUCAAAGUAGCACUAUGAGCUUGUCGUUGGGACGAUUGAACUCAAAUUCUGUUCCAACAUUGUGGCAUUUCGAAUACCUGAAAAGUUAGGUCGGAUGGAUAAGAGGCUCAAAGCUAUCAUUUUGCG